AUGGGAAGAGACUUCGAGGCCAUCAAACUUGAUUUGAGCCGCAAAAUCCUAGCGACCAAGACUCCUGCCGACUUCAUCAUCACUCUCCUCUACAGCAUCCCAGUAUUAGCACCAGCACGUAUCUGCAUCGAGACUGGGGUCUUCAAGCAUUUGACAGAGACGAAGAGUCCUUUACAUGUCGCCGACCUUGUCCAGAAGCCUGCACGCGGCGACCAUGAAGCUUUCGAACAACAGCAAGAGUUCCUGGCCAGGAUGUUGCGUGCAGUCAGCGGUCUAGGCUUGAUAGACGAAAUCGCGCCACGGAUGUACCAGGCAAAUGAGCUUACUGCUGUGAUGGCGGACGAGGGAUUUGCCUCCGGCUUCGAGCUCUUCUUUGACAACGCGAUGGGCCCUUCUAGUACCAUGACAUCUAUGAUCUCGUUCCACGAAGGUAAUGUGUGGCAAGCAUCCGGUACCGCUACGGAGGGUCCAUGGCAAGAUGCUCGUGGCGUCCAGGGUCAAACGACAUUUGAGCAUUGGACGGAUCACGACCCAAAACAGUUGACUCGUUUGAGCUCAUUAAUGCAGCGAAUGCAGGAUAAGAGGCCGCAUUGGACCCAGUGGUUCCCAAAAGAAGCUCUCAUUAGUACGCCAUCCACCGAUGAUCGUGACAGACUGCCUGCGGUCUUCGUUGACGUUGGUGGUGGCCGUGGUCACGACCUGUCCGCACUGGCCAGGCAAUAUCCAAAGUGGAAUGCUCAGCUCGUCUUGCAAGACGACCCAAGUGUGAUCGCUGAGACAAAGCACGAGCACUCGACGACAGGUACAGAGGUGGAUCCAAGGACAACAUUCAUGCCUCACGACUUCUUCCUCGAACAGCCUGUCAAGGGCGCAAGUAUCUAUUACAUGCACAAAAUCAUGCAUGACUGGCCAGAUAAGGACUGUGUAGCUAUACUUACUCGUCUACGAGAUGCCAUGCAAAAAGGUUCUCGGAUAUUCAUAAACGAUGUUAUCCUACCCGACCAAGGAUGCUCUGCGCUAGCUACCGGAUCUGACAUACUUAUGCUGGCAUUCCACUCUGGCCAAGAACGCGACGAAGCAAGCUGGACACGAUUGAUCAGUAUGGUCAAAGGACUUCGCAUCCAGAAGUUCUGGAGAGCUCCGGGUGACGAUGGCGAGGGCAUUGUUGAAGUGUGUCGCUCAAAUUGUUCUUAG